AUGAUCAUCCACCUCCACCACCACCAUCUAGUAAUAACCCAUCAAUACCAUCAUCUGGUAAUAAUCCACUACCACCAUCUAAUUCCCCUCCUCGCACUCCCUCUCCACUUCAUAACUUUCCUCCCCAAAACUGAUGAUGUCAAAAAUGGGGAGAAUCAAGAACUGGUGAUGAUGAUUUUAAUUCCAAUUCAGCCUGAACAGUUUGAAUUAGAAAGGGAAGACAAUCAAGGAACAAUGGUCAUUAUUCAGUUCGAACCAGUAAGUGAAGAUCAACCUAUGCCGGAAGCUGAUAAUGAUCAGUUUAAGACUGAUAAUGAUGAUUAUGAAGGGUAUCUUGAUAUGGAAUUUAUGGCACAGAAUGCUACUGCUCUAACUGUUGUUUAUCAUGGUGCAUCUUUUGAUAGGGAGAUUCCUCAAGGAACUCACAGUGAAUUUGAGUCUGAUGAUGAUCAACUCAAUCCAAGAAAAAGAAAGGCUUCCUUCUCAGGAGGAACAAAUGAAGUUGAAGCUUGA